UGUGUCUCUCCGAGAAAAGCCUUCAGUUUGUACCUCUGCCAACUUUUCUUCUCCCCCUGCCACUGCUCUCUCAUUUCGUCUUUUCUGCAAACUUCAUCCAGCUCGGGUUUUUUCUCCGAGGAGCUGAGGAGGCUCUACACUUCUCUACAGGACAUAAAAGUUUGUUUCAAAGUCACCAGCUAAAAAACCUCAGGAGUCAGUCAGGGACUGUUAGUUCAUCCAGCAUGGGGGACGUGAUUUCCAGUCACCUGGAUGAAGCCAAGCGGGAGAUUAUCACAGCUCGUACCGGGGAGGUGAUGGGGGAGUUUGGGCGUCUCUAUGAGAAGCAGUAUGCCGUGGCUCUCUUCAACAAAGUUCGCUUUGACAUAGAAGGAGGAGGCGGCCCACAACCGCAGCUGCUGCACCGCAAGAUUCCUCUGGAGAACAAGUCUAUCUUCUCCGGUUCGCUCUUUCAGUACCUUGAGGAAAACAAAAAAUGGAGGAACCGCUUCCUCUUUGUUCCAGACUCCUACAACAUCAACUACUAUGACAACAAAGCUUCCCAUGACAGAAACCUCAAUCCUAAAGGGACCAUUAACUGUGCCGGAUACAAAGUGCUAACAUCCAUGGAUCAAUACCUCGAUCUGAUCAGCAACAGCCUGCCAGGUGUAAAAGCCAAGGUGGGAAGUUCACCUUUCCUUAAAUGUCCAACCCACUUCCCUCUGAUCCUGUGGCACCCGUACACCCGCCAUUACUACUUCUGUGUGACGACGGAGAAAGAGCAGCAGAAGUGGCAUGCCGUGCUGCAGGACUGCGUCCGACACAGCAACGAUGGAUUGUCAGAGGAGAAUAAAGUCCAAACACCCGCCUUCACAGACGCAGUACGACUCUACCGCCAGGCUAAAGGGAACUAUGGCACCUGGGAGAUGAUGUGUGGUGCUCCAUCACAGAUUCUGUCCAACCUGGUGAUGGAGGUUCUCCUCCCUGAGCUGAGGGAGCUCAUCUCUCCGCGCCUCAAAGGGAAACUACACGAGAGGCAGAGGAACUGGAUGCUGAUCAGUGAUGCGGUGUACAGCCUGGUGCAAACUCAGUGCCAGGCUCAGUACGAGGCCGUGCUGCAGAGAUGUGAGGCAGCGCGCUCCUCUCUGGAAGCAUCCAUACGAACGGACAUGGACCAGAUCAUCACAUCCAAGGAGCACGUCACCAACAAGAUUAAAGCUGUGGUUCUCCCGAAGGCGGAGAAGCUGCUGAAGGUGAGCAUCCAGCCGUACAUCAGCUCCAUCCUGGACGCCCUGAUGGAGCCGACCAGCCGAGGCUUCUUCGAGGUCCGAGACGUGUUCUUCAGAGAGCUGGUGGACAUGAGUAAGAACACGCUCAACCAGGGUACCAAGGAGACGGUGGCACAGCACAUGGAGAAGAUCUCCAUGCUUGCAUUCCAUCCGGUGAAGAUGCAGAGCUGCUAUGAGAAGGUGGAGUCUCUGAGUCUGGAGGGUCUUCAGCAGAGGUUUGACGUCUCCAGCCCAUCAGUGUUUGUCCAGAGAGCCCAGAUCCUCAUGAGAGAGCAAAUGGACGACGCUGUGUACACGUUUGAGCAGAUCCUUCAUCAGAGUCUGGAGGCUCAGGGAUCAGACGAGCUCUGUAAGACCAUCCAACGCUGCCAGGAUCGAGUCAUCAAGAAAUUUGACUACGACAGCAGCACGGUGAGGAAGCGUUUCUUCCGAGAGGCUCUCCUUCAGAUCUUCAUCCCCUACAUGCUGAAGCAGCUCAGCCCCACAUGCUCACCGGAGCUGCCGCGCUUCCAGGAGCUGAUCUUUGAGGAUUUCUCUCGCUUCAUCCUGGUGGAGAACAUCUUUGAGGAGGUGGUGCUGCACUCUGUCAUGAAGGACAUCAUGAUGGCUGUGAAAGAGGCAGCGGUCCAGAGGAAACACAACCUGUACAGAGACAGCAUCGUGCUCGGCAACAGUGACCCCAGUCUGCACCUGCUGGGAGAAAACCCCUCCAUCGACUGGGCCGGGGAGUACGGAGGAGCGCAGGAGGAGGUUGAUGGAGCAGGGGAGGAGCCUGAAGGCGAUGCAGAGGGAGAGGAGUCCCAGAAGAGGAGGAGGAUGAAGCAGGUGGUGUCCAUGAUCCAGGUGGAGGGAGCCCCAGUCCUACCUGGUGAGUCGUGUGUGGAGGUGCCCGGUGUCGACGACAUCCCGGAGGAGGACGGAGAGUUGGAGGAGGAUGAAGAGGAGGACAGAAAGUUGGAAGAGAAAGUUUGUCCUGCACAAAACGAAUUGGGUAGUCCUGAAAAAGCAGAGGCAUCUACAGACUUAAACAGUUCUGAGGUAAAGGGAGAGGAGGAAGAAUCAGAGCAUAAAGAGGUCCAGCAGGUGGCUGAAACUCCGACAGAAAGCUCUCCAGCUGCUGAGGAGAAACUUGUAGAAGACAGCCAGCCAGUGACAGAGGAAGAACAACCACAAUGCAACCAGGAGGCCACAGAGGAGGUGCUUCCACCACCGCCUCCAUCUGAGGAAACCCCUGCUGGAGCUACAGAACAAGAAGCGCCCUCAGAGACAACAUCAGACUUCCCCCCACCCCCGCACGACGACAGUGGCUUCCAGUCUCCCUGCAGCGAAGGCGGUGAGGAGCAGGAGGAGGAGGCGGUCCCACAGCCAGCAGAGGAGCAGCAGACGGGUGAUGCAGCCGCGCCAGUAGCAGAAAGCCAACGCAGUGACUCUGAGCCUGCAGAGCAGUGACGAUUGGAAUUUUUUUUGUUGUACAUGAACUCAAUCCUGCCUUGUUUACCAUGAUUUUUUUUAAAUCUCUUCAGUAGUAAUGAUGUUGAUUUAAACUCCUCCUCCUCCUCGUCAGUUACAAACACAGCAGAACAUUUACCGAGCAGGCCUCAGGUGCUGUUUUCUUCAUUUAAGAAUAUUAUUCAUCCUAUAAAACCUUCACAACUUUGCAGAAAAUGUCUGAGCUUUAUUUCACAUGUUCCACAAUGUUCUUAGUAUAAAUAUAAGCACCAGCGUGAGGUCUUAAUGGUGAUUUAUGAGUAUAUAAGGUGGAUUUGGUUAAAAAAAAAAAACAUAUUAACUGAUUUAAUUCAUCAUUUUGUCUUUUUAAGUCAAGUUGCCUUUGAUAACUGCCAAAUAUUUACAUUUUUUUAAAGCAUUUCUUUAUGUAAAUAUGAUUUCUGUUAGUAAAUCCUCAUCUAUCGUUGGACCUAAAUGACAGCAGAAGAUAAUUUACAUUAUGCAUUAUUAUUCAUUUAUUGUCUGGAUGUGCCGUCUAAAGACUUGACAAUUCCUUUGUAUUGUUGGGAGUAACACUAUUUGAUCCCUAACAAGGAAAGCUUUUGUAUAUGUUGUAUAAAUGUGUCUUUGGAGCUGUGAUCACCAAACCGACAUUUUACAUCAUUUUAUGUGUUCAGUAAUGUCUCUGAUGAUUUCAACACCUUGCUUUUAUUUAUUUUUGUGCACCCUGUCUCUAUUUUCAACAGUGUCCUUUUAGAUUUAUUUUACUUGUGUUUGAGACAAAUAACUGUUAUUGAUAAUAAAUCAUUACUGAUUAAUUAUUA